AAUAAGUUGAUUGAGUUUCAAAACGAUCGCAUCGAAGAACUGGAAGAAGCGCUUCGAGAGAGCGUCAGAAUCACCGCUAAUAAGGAGUACGAGAUGGAGGAGACGGAGGUGGAGAAAUUGAUGGACGACAUGCGAGCGAUGAAUAACGUGACGAACGCCACGUGUACUAACUGUCCGCAGCUGAAGGUCUAUUUGGAUCGCAUUGAGAACCGCUUCAAGAAGUUGCUCAUUGAUCGCAACCAAAGCCUUAAUGAAUUGUUUGAUAUGAAACUGGAGGGCCUGUCGUCGGCCAUCAGCGAGAAAGACGCCCAUUUGGCGCAACUGGAGAUGUGUGGCCUCAGAAACGCCGAAAACGCCAAAGAAGUGGAUAGAGUUCGCCAUCAGAAGAAGAUUCUGGUCGAGAAGUUAAAGUCAGAG